GCCGGGUGCCGCGGCCUUUGGACUAGGCCAGUUGCACGGCGACCCGGCAGCUGGGCGCCUGGCGGCCGUGGUGUUUCGGACGAGCUCCCGCCUCUCUUCCUGAGUUCCGCGGAGCCAGUAGAAAAGUGUUAACUGUAUCAACAAAUAAUCUCUGAAAAUGGAAGAAAGAAAAACCAAGAGGAGGAGUCCCAAGUCAUCCACUUCUCAUGUCACUCAGGUUAUCAACAAUAAGAAAAACUCCGUGCCUCCUAGCAAAAGUACGGCACUUUCAAAUUCUGCACCGCAGCCACCUUUACAAAGACCAAAGUUUAAGAAAGGCAUAAAAGAAAAAGCCAAAGCACCAGGAGCAGAAAACAAAGGAGCACAGUCAGCUCCGAUCCAGCAUUCAUUUCUCACAGAUGUAUCAGAUGUUCAAGAGAUGGAAAAAGGACUUCUGAGUCUUCUAAAUGACUUCCAUUCUGGCAAACUUCAAGCUUUUGGAAAUGAAUGUUCCAUAGAGCAAAUGGAACAUGUGAGAGGAAUGCAGGAGAAGCUGGCUCGCUUGAAUCUGGAGCUUUAUGGGGAAUUGGAAGAACUCCCUGAGGAUAAGAGAAAGCUAGCUAGUGACUCCAAUUUGGAUAGACUGCUGUCAGAUCUCGAAGAACUGAAUUCUUCUAUACAAAAACUUCACUUAGCAGACGUUCAAGAUGUUCCGAAUACCAGCACAAGCUAAAAAUGCAGCUUUUUCUGUAUUAGGAAUCCAGCGUGUCUUAUUUUAUUUCCAGCGGACUCUCUCUUGCUUCUGCAGCAGAGCAUUCAAAUGCAAGUGAAAAUGUUCACUCAUUCCUCAUAGCAGAUGUGAGCACAGCAACUUUGUCAGGGUACGAUAUAUCCAUGUCUUGCUGCUAUGCUUUGUAUUAUUGCCUUAUCCACCAUGCAGUGUUGAGAAAACUUGAAAGUGUAUUUUUAUAAUACAACAUAUUCAGCUUUGAUUAAGUAGUAAUGAAGUGUGGUAUACUUGCUGCCUUUCUCACAAUGUAGACAAUCAGCACAUUGGUUGGGUUGUUCUACUGAGCUGUGGUGGUAUUAAAUGAGUGCUUAAUUUAUUUUAGCAAUAAAAUUGUUUUAAAGAUCACUAA